AUAUCAUUUUGUAGCGUGGCGAGGGCGGACCGUGUGACGUUGAGCCGAGGCUCUGGCUGUUUAUUGUUCCUUCCUGAGCACCGAUACAGAAAAAAAAAACAGGCUAACAAGCUAUCAGCCUCUCUUUUCACACGGCUCUCGCUCGGUUUUACGAAGGUGUAACGGUUCAGACAACUGACUGCCACAACCAGGGGCCAUGGCGUAUGCGUAUCUCUUCAAAUACAUCAUCAUCGGGGACACGGGUGUGGGAAAGUCAUGUCUAUUACUACAGUUCACAGACAAGCGGUUUCAGCCAGUUCACGACCUCACCAUUGGUGUGGAGUUCGGCGCAAGGAUGAUCACUAUAGAUGGCAAACAGAUCAAAUUGCAAAUCUGGGAUACGGCUGGCCAGGAGUCGUUCCGGUCCAUCACCAGGUCUUACUACAGAGGAGCAGCCGGAGCACUGCUAGUCUAUGACAUCACAAGAAGGGACACCUUCAACCACUUGACGACCUGGUUAGAGGACGCCCGCCAACAUUCCAACUCCAAUAUGGUCAUCAUGCUCAUUGGCAACAAGAGCGAUCUUGAGUCGAGGAGAGAGGUGAAAAAAGAGGAAGGUGAAGCUUUCGCCAGAGAACACGGCCUCAUAUUUAUGGAGACCUCAGCCAAGACUGCCUCUAAUGUAGAGGAGGCUUUCAUCAACACAGCCAAGGAGAUCUAUGAGAAGAUCCAGGAGGGCGUGUUUGAUAUCAACAACGAGGCUAAUGGUAUUAAGAUUGGACCCCAGCAUCCCACCACCAACUCCACACUGUCCAGUAGCCAGGGAGGCCAACAUGCCGGAGGCGGCUGCUGCUGAAGUCCCACAACACACCGCCUCCUCCAGCCCUAGCCCUUYUUCCUCCUCCUUCUCCWYCUUUUCCUCCUCCUCACCCUCUCCAACCCUCCRUCGCGUUUCUACAGAACUGUCCAGGCCCACUAACAGUUUAACUUCUCUCUSUCUACCGCUUCAUCCAUCCAUCCAUCUGUGCAUCCUGAGUGUCUUAAGCAUCCUUGUAUGAGGACAGAGUCAGCUUCACCUGCAGAUUUACACAUUCAUUUCAGAUGUUUUGUGCUUUUUUUUGGUCGGAUACAAAGAAUUUUAGGCAUUCGAGUAAAAACACGAACCUAUGGCAGAGAUUUAAUUCACAAGUUUCCUCUCGAUUCACGUGGAUGUUGGUAUAUUGCAGGAACUGAAACUGACAAAGAGCUGCCAUUGGCUGCUUUGAGCUGACUUUGUUAGAACUGAGCAGUCAGAAAAAAGAAAAGGAAAAAAAAAUAAAACAGGCACCAUGUUGUGUCUAUACACACAACCUUACGCAUUUUUAAAAGCAAGACAUGAUGGCAGGACAUGUUUCUGCAUGCUGAGUCAGAUUUCAUGCUGCGCCUGUGAGUAUAGGGACAGCACAAAUAUUCCAGGAUGUUGGUUUGUGAUGUGUGGGAGGUGUUUGAGUCGCUCUGUAUUAUUUGUAUAAAAAAAAGAGAAAAAGAAAGAUGCAAAUCAUGUCAUUUUUGUCCAUGCUUUCCCCUCAUUAUCUUUGUCAUGUUACUUUGUAGACCUGCGGUCUUUGUGUCCUCUYUGUCAGCUCACACAUGUUUUUUUUUGUUUUGUUUUGUUUUUUUGUAUUUCAUAAACACUACAAAACAAAAACUUUUGGAUAAAGUGUUUUGAAACGCCUGGGUAGAGAAUAAAAGACCAAACUGUUGAGUGUGAACAUCGAUCCUUUUGGAACAGCAGAAAAGUCGAGCGGGAAAGUUUAAAAAAGAAAAACGUUAAGGGUUGUCGAGCGAUGGCUCRAGACAAAAAAGAAAAACGAAUGGGGGGAAAAAGAAAUUGACUUUUUUUUUUUAUAUAUGUAUUUAUCGGGCGCAUUUCUGUGUAUAUAUGGCUCUUUAGGUUUCCGUAGCCGUGUUGGCUGUUUCAGAUGAAGCGUGGCAUGUUGUGGUCUAGUUAAAAGUCUUAGCCAGGAUCGUAGAAAGAYGCUGCUCAGGACCGUCAAAGCGGCUUUUUACCAUUUCGAACUGUUCUCAUUUAAACCCGAAGGAGCUCGGCCGCCCUGGUACAUUGGGGUUGGAAGUGCCCUUUCUUUUUAAAUGACAAGAAUGAAUGAUAACAGGCUGUUAACAGGACCGAGCAAAGGUAUUCCGAGUCCCUCAUGGGGGGACUUUGACUCGGGUCUGAAAAUGUCAAGAGCAUCUCCCUUAUAAGCGAGCUAAGAUCUCCACCCUGAAUUAGCUGCCAGAUGUGUAGCGUGUGCUGUUUAGAGCUUGAUCGAUCACUGCUGCAAUGUUCUCUUUUUGUUUUGUUUUAUUUUCCUGCUUCAAAAUCAAAAAUGUAAUCAGCCCCGUUUUCUGCUUCUACAGCCAYUCAUUGUCGCUCCAUUCCCCCUUUUUCACAUUCUCGCACUUUUUUUUUUUCUUUCACAGACUGUGCAGUACCUACUUUGAAUGCCAAAA